CAGGACGUGAACGCCGCAUUAAUCACCCCUCGCGAAUGGGCGUGGCCUAUCAGAAAGGGGAGGGGUUGUUUGUGAGCGUGCGCGUGUGUGCAAGUGUGAGUGUGUGUGUGAGUGUGUGUCCUCCCCGGCCGCAUGAGAUGAGCAGCCUGCAGUCUUCGCAGCCACUGUUUCCUCCUGCUCCUCCUCCUCCUCCUCCUCUCUGCGCCUCUGUCCGCUCCGGGAAUGUUGACCACCGUGGGCUGAUCCACCGCCGCCGAGUUCACCUCCACUCUGCCCCGCUCCGAGUCCCCGAGCUUCACCGAACACCGGCCCGCCUGCCUCGGCUUGAUCGGGCUGUGAGGUUCUUCUCUUGUGUCCAUCUCCUGCUGAAACUGAUCCAACUGGGCAAAUUGUGCGAAAGAGCAGAGAAACACAAAACAUGGCCGUGGCCGGGUGUCCGGAUUAUUUCCUGCAUCAUCCAAAUUAUCAGCAGGACAAUAUAGACCGGUCCUCCAAUCAUAGACAAGCGGACCUCAUCGGUCCGAGCUUCCAGCAAUCAGUCAAUCGGAGCUCUCCUAACCACCAAGAAGAUGAUGUUGAUCUCGAGGCCCUGGUUAAUGAUAUGAACUCUUCGCUGGAGAGCCUCUACUCCACCUGCAGUGGUCAGCAGACAGAGUCCACCCCACUACUGCACAACGGACAGACCACUUCCUCGCACCAACAUCACCACCACCAUCAUCAUCACACACAACCUAACCACCCACGGCAGGGUCAGCACUCGCUAAGCCAUGUCUUGCCGGAACCGCCCUCCUCGUCCUCAUCCGCAGACUCGCCUCAGACCAGCCUCCGACGGUCACAACCUAUGCACAUCCUCGCUGUCAGGAGGUUGCAGGAAGAAGAGCUGAGGACAUCGUCUCUCCCGGCCAUCCCUAACCCCUUCCCAGAGCUCUGCAGUCCAGCAAGCUCACCUGUCCUCAGUCCAGGGUCUCUACCUCCCGGAGAACCCACCACUGGCAAAUAUAUUGUAAAGAUCUUCAGUGAAGACGGCAUGGGUAAAGUGGUGGAGAUCCCGGCCGACAUGACAGCCAGGGACCUCUGCCAGCUCCUGGUUUAUAAAAGCCAUUGUGUGGAUGACAACAGUUGGGCACUUGUUGAACACCACCCGCUGCUAGGACUAGAGCGCUGUCUAGAAGACCACGAGCUGGUGGUUCAGGUCCAGGCUUCCAUGAACAGCGACAGUAGAUUCCUCUUCAGGAAGAACUAUGCCAAAUAUGAAUUCUUCAGAAACCCCUUGACGUUUUUCCCAGAGCACAUGGUCGCAUGGUGCCAGGAAACCAAUCGUACGAUUCCACCAUCCCAGCUCCUUCAGAACUUCCUUGCGACCAGCAGCUGUCCAGAGAUCCAGGGGUAUCUGUACGUGAAGGAAGUGGGCAGGAAGUCGUGGAAGAAGAUUUACAUGUUCCUGCGGCGCUCGGGACUCUACUGCUCGACAAAAGGAACCUCAAAGGAACCCAGACAUCUACAGUUACUUGCAGACUUAGAAGAAAGCAACAUCUUCACUGUCAUCACAGGCAAAAAGCAGCACGGUGCGCCCACAGACUACGGCUUCUGUAUCAAGCCCAACAAAGCUCGAGGGGAGUUGAAAGACUUGAGGAUGCUGUGUGCCGAGGACGAGCAGGCAAGGACGUGUUGGAUGACCGCCUUCCGACUCUUUAAGUAUGGGAUUGGAUUAUACCAGAAUUACAAGAUUCCUCAACAAAGAAAAACCUUAAUUUCACACUUCUCAACUCCUGUGCGGAGUGUGUCGGAGAACUCCCUCGUGGCCAUGGAUUUCUCAGGGAGGAUAGGCAGGGUGAUCGACAACCCUGUGGAAGCCCAGAGUGCUGCCAUGGAGGAGGGACAUGCAUGGAGGAAGAGGAGUCAACGAAUGAACGUAUUAGGCUCCCACAGUCCACUGCACCACUCCUCACUAAGCUCAGUUAUCCACAUAGCACAGUUGUGGUUCCAUGGCAGGAUAUCCAGAGAAGAAUCCCAUCGCAUUAUCCACCAGCAGGGACAAGUAGAUGGGUUGUUUCUGCUGAGAGUCAGUCAGAGUAACCCCAAGGCGUUUGUGCUCACGUUGUGCCAUCACCAGAAAUUCAAACAUUUCCAGAUACUACCGUGUGAAGAGGACGGCCAGAUCUUCUUCAGCCUUGACGACGGCGCCACCAAAUUCACCGACCUGAUUCAGCUGGUGGAGUUCUACCAGCUCAACAGAGGAGUGCUGCCUUGUAAACUCAAACACCCGUGCACCGUCGUGGCCUUAUGACAUCUCCAGAUCCUCUGACCCCGCCCCCAUCACUUAACCUGACUCUGCCUAAAACAAGCAAAACAAAAGUAAUCGUGCUGUCGUGCGAUUCUUUUUGUUUUUUUAUCUUUAUAAGAAGCUGGUGAAUUGACUGAUAUUUCAUUGUUGUUGUUUUAUAUUGUCGUGAGUCCGCCAGAGACUGCUGACUUGUUGGAUUUCUUUUUAGUUUGCAUUGAUGUUUGAGGAGUCGGACACGCAAACUCGCCCACGAGUUUCCUCGGUCGUGAAGAGAGGAUCUAGAGGAAAUGAUUACUGCCAUUUGUGUCAGCGCUGUUGCAAAAUCCACGGUCUCGCUUUCCACAGUCGUCAAUAAGCUUGGACCCAAAAUCCUACAAGGAGGUUUUGAAGCGAAGUCUGUAUUUCCUUUAACUGGACAAUCAGCAGGACAAGUCGAGCUUUGAUUAGGACCACUCUGCUCUAAUGAGAAUAAACACUUUCCCCAUCGCAAACUUUUCAUCACACGUCCUCAAAGAAUAUACUGCAGAUGGAGAGGUGAUUGUUUUGCACGCAUCGAACUGGGAGUGGCCUUUGACAGUGCAUGACCUUUACUUAACUGUGAGACGAUGCCACCGACCUGUAGUGUCGUAGGCAUGCAAAGUCCAAAAUUCAAGGUGGAUGAGAUUCUGAGGUGUCAGAAAGAGUGUCGCUGUAUCAAAGGUUUGUCAGAUCAAAGUACCCCGGAGAAAAAAUUGAACAUUGGAACAAAAUAUUUUUAUAGUGGAAAAGUUUGCUUUAUUCACCCUCUCAGAAAUGAAUUUGCUUUCUUUUCUCGUUGAUACACGUAUUUCUUGUCAUCAAAUUCAUUUUUAUUCAUAGUUUCAUAUCUUUUUUUUUUGCAUUUGGAAAUUUGCAAACCCUCUAUUCUUUACAUAAGCUACAAUAGUGUCAUUCUGCACUUUUUCUUUUAUUGCACACACCAGUUCCUGAAAACUAUUUCACAGGCAACUCUUACAAAAAGAGCAUAAAUCGAACCACGGUGUCAUUCAGGGUAAUAUAAUGAGUAAUAAAACAACUGUAACCAGGAUGAGUUUUUCAACAGAAGCCAUAUGUUAUAGUUGUAUCCAUUGUCUUUCCCUACAGGCAAAUACAGGCCUAUAUAAAGCUACCUGUUGCAUAAGAUAAAGUGGGACAGUGGAAAGCAUUAGUUUUUUUCUCCUUGCUUGAGUUCAGGGAAGGGUAAUCACUAGCAUUUAACAGAGGAAACCCAAUAUUACUAAACUACUUCAGAGACAUGAUGCAGCAUGACCCCUCCUACCUGCCGUGAGUCAGAGAGAAGCUGUCCAUCUUGGUUUAGGCGGCUCUGACUCCACACUGACAGUUGACUCUGCGUUACAUGUCGCACAAUGCAGCCUUUACCUGCCUGUGAACAAACUGUAUCACACACACACCCACUGCCUACUGCACACUACCUGUUUUAUCAAUUCAGACCAUUAACACUAGAUAAAAGUUAGCUCAGAAAAAAUUUAAGAGAGAAGUUUGUCAUAUAUCAGAAUUUGGAAAAGAGAAUGAUCACUGCAUAUCUAUGUCCUUUUCUUUUCCUCCCCUGCCCAUUUCACCCAGUCUCAAUACAUUAUGAGCUUUUUCUUCAUUCAGGUUUUGUAACGCUUUCACUCAAAACCAAUCAAAUAGCCUCUGCUUGUGCUUAGAUUUCCUGUUCUCCAGCAUCAGCUCCUGUGCCGCUCCUUUGCGUACGUGAACCAUCUGCUGAUUAUUUUUUUUGUCCAACAACUUAUACCAAACCAAUAGAUGUCAGGUGUAGUGAUCUUUGAUGUCCGGCUCUCAAGCUGAAAGACCACUCUAUUGAAUAAAGAUAGGAAACCCACAUUUCUCUAGCCUUCUGUUAGAUGAAAUGAAAAUACUCAAUGGUGCAGAUACAACGUAAAACUUGAAAUUUUAGGACUCUGGCUUCCGACUGCAAAAAUCUCACAGAGCCCACUUUGUUUUAACCCAUGUCUCUAUAGUUGAGUUUACUGAACCCCAGUGCAUGCUGUGUUUUCGAAAAGACUGUAAAGAGAGCAUCAGACUGAGGGCAGAGGGUAGAUAACUCUUAGUUAGUUUUAGAAUACUGGACUUGGAUUCCAGUAAAGAUCACAUCUCAAACUCUGGGAAGAUAUUUAAACUAAUCGUGGUCACUUGAGUCUCUCCUGGUGAAUUGGGUUCAGAAUCCCCCUUCCUAAAAUGUCUUAACACAAACAGCAUUUUUUGUUUUUCCGUUUCUUCACCUGAUAUUUCUUGUCACUCCCUUGUCAGUGGCAGCUCUAUUUGGGCCACCAGCCGGCAGAUCAUCAGAAAUCUAUCAGCAGCCAUCUUUUAUUUACCUGCAGGUUGUUUUAAGGUGACUGACCAUCUGAGAUGCAGAAUAGCCGCACUAUAUCGACACUUUGCGUGGUCACCAUCUACGAUGCAAUGACUCAAUCAUUUUUAAAGUAUUGUUGCAGCAAAAUGUAUUUAUUUAUCUGGAUGUGAUUACUUGAAAAUUUUAGAUUUCUUUUUCUCAGCGCUGUUCUGUACUGUUUUCUGUUGUUACCAUGAAAUGAUUGACCAGUGUGAUUUAUUAUUUUAUUAUUUUUAUUACUGUAAUGACCUAGUAACUAUGGAGUAUUUUUUAUUUUCUUUUUUCUUUUAGUUUUGAUUAUUCAAAAGUAAUUUUGUCAUCAUCAACACUUGUUAUGAGGUGAUGUUUUUUUUUUUUAAAGCACACUGGCUUCCAUAGUAUUAACAUUGUCAUUCCAAUAGAUGACAGCUGGAAUGUUGUGAAAUUGAUAACAAAAUUACUUGAGCUUCCCAAAGCAUUAAUAGUGACUAAGAUAUUUUUUCAUACCCUUUUUAAUUAAGCCUCAGAUUAUCUUCCCAUCACCGAUUCAUGGUGACCGUAGACAUGGAUUAAAGUAAUACAACUACAGAUGUUUUGGGAAACUGGGUCAAGUAAACUUCAAUAUGCUCAUAAUUCACUGUUUAAAUGCCUUUUACUGAGGAAAGAAUGGUAGAGAUUUAGAUGUAGGAAAAAGCCCUUUACAUUCAAGUUAAAACAUUUUAAAAUACUAUCAGUUAUAAUUGAAAGAAUACACAACAUUAAUCCCCAUCUCUCUCUCUCUCUUUCUCUCUCUCUCUCUCUCUAUAUAUAUAUAGGCAUUGUCACAACUUCCUCUGUGUCACCCUUAAAACUACAUGAACAGGGAACUAAUUAAACCACAUCAGCGCAACCCGGUCAGCUGCAUUGAUCUCAGAGUGAAGAAAAUUAAAUUAGCAGGUAGUUUUGAUCUUUUGCAUGAAUGUGUAUUGUGUCAGGAUUCUGUCAUUUCUCAGAUCUGAGAUGUUGAUUAUUCGUAGGAAUCUGGAUUGGAUUGCUGAAUAGGUUCUCACUGAAAUGCUGAUGUUAGUAUUAAUCUACAGUCCCCUCAGAUUCAGAUUCACUCCACCCACUUUGCUCUCCUUCUUAAAUUCACAAUAUUGCUUAUUUUUUCUGACUGAUGUGAAUGGUAACUGACGUUAAGGUGAGGGACGGGUCACGUGUUGUACUGUGGAGUUAGUGUUGGCAAAGAAGAUAGUUGUUGGAUCUUAGUUGCUCUGAAUGCAAAAAGCAGAAAGUAAAUUCAAAUAGUGAACACACGGAUUAAUGAAUCAGGUGAUUUGGACUUCCACAUUUUUUUACACUUAACAGAGAUGAAUGUAACUGGGUUGCUCAGGGUUGAUUAAGAGCAUGUUAAAAACUACUGGUCCAUCAGGUCUCGAGGACGUUUAUGUACAGGAUGAUGAUGGCUCGUGGAUAUUGUAGUUUCAUUAAACUGCGAGUUGUUAACUUUUCUCAAUUAUGUGCACCACCCAUCUGCUAGUUGUGAUUACUUGAAGAUUUCCUUGCCGCAAAAUUGAGUAGAUCCAGUGCUAAAAAAAA